AUGUCCAAGGCUCAAGAGGAAGAGUUGGUAGCCUUUAUUGAGUGGGUAAAUACCUUCGAGAAUAUAUCGAGAACAGUCACUAACUACAAAGACCUUGCAGAUGGCGGAGUAUUGAUAGAAAUCGCUUAUGAUGUUGAUCCACGAUGGUUCAAAACUCUUCGUGGAGAUACUCGCGAAGAUAAAGAUAAUUGGGUUCUUAAGUUCAACAAACUUAAAAGAUUAUAUGCUCUCAUCCAACGAUAUUAUGAAGAGGUCUUUGGUUAUGACCCCAAGAACAUCGACGCGCCUAAUCUAAACACGAUUGCUAAAGAAUCAGAUAUUAACGAACUAGUUAAAUUAUGCUCUAUAGUUUUGACACUGGCCGUGCAAAGUCAAAAUAAUGCCGUCUAUAUUGAAAGAAUUCAAUCUUUAUCCGAUACUUCACAAAAAGGAUUAAUGAUGGCUAUUGAACGA